UCUCCAGGGCAGAGAGGGAGUCACCUCACUGGCGCUUGAGUCGGCAAAGAAAUCAAGAUGGCCAAAGUUCCUGACUUGUUUGAAGACCUAAAGAACUGCUACAGUGAAAAUGAAGAAUACAGUUCUGCCAUUGACCAUCUCUCUCUGAACCAGAAAUCCUUCUACGAUGCAAGCUAUGGCUCAGUUCCUGAGAACCGCACGGAUAAGCUGGUAUCUUGGAGAGCCUCUGAAACCUCAAAGAAGGCCAACUUCACCUUCAAGGAGAGUCUGGUGAUGGUGUCCGCAACAGCAAACGAAGGGAAGGUUCUGAAGAAGAGACGGCUGAGUUUUAAUCAGGCCUUUGCUGAAGAUGACCUGGAAGCCAUAGCCCAUAAUUUAGAAGAGACCAUCCAGCCCCGGUCAGCACCUUACAACUUCCAGAAUAAUGUGAGAUACAGGUUGCUCAGGAUCGUCAAGCAGGAGUUCGUCCUGAAUGAUCCCCUCAAUCAAAACAUCUAUCUGGAUUCGGACAACGUGCAUCUCAAAGCCGCUUCGCUCACUGACCUGCAGCACGAAGUAAAAUUUGACAUGUAUGCCUACUCAUCAGGAGACGACUCUAAAUAUCCUGUUACUCUAAAAAUCUCAAAUACUCAGCUGUUUGUGAGCGCUCAAGGUGAAGACCAGCCGGUGUUGCUGAAGGAGAUGCCAGAAAUACCAAAACUUAUCACGGGUAGUGAGACCAACCUCAUUUUCUUCUGGAAAAGCAUCAACUCUAAGAACUAUUUCACAUCAGCCGCCUAUCCAGAGCUGUUCAUUGCCACAAAAGAACAAAGUUGGGUGCACCUGGCACAGGGGCUGCCCUCCAUGACAGACUUCCAGAUCGCAUAAAAGGCAGCCUUAGUUCGGGAGUCUACUUACUUGAGAAGUGCUGACAAUCUGUAUGUACCAUGUACAGGAACGUUCCUCGCCCUGAGUCACUUGCACAGAAUGUGCUGAGUCUUCGUAAUUCUAAAUGAAUGUUUACCCUCUUUGUAAGAGAAGAGCGAAGCCCAAUGGAACCAGCCCCCGACAUAUGAUAGUAUUUGUUAUUCAAAGAGCACCCUAUACUUUGCACAGUACUAAUCAUUUUAAUUAUUAUUCUUCAUGGCAUUCCUAGGAGGAUCAAAAAGACUCUACCCGUACUACAUAUGGGUUAACAAAGGCAUAAGAAAACUAAAAGGUACACUCAGUCGAAGAUGGAAUAAGAAUCCACAGACCCAUGACGUCAGUCUAUCUGUGCACUUUCUGCUUCUAAAUUGCUGAUUGAGUGGGAUAAAGUUAAAACAACAAAACAAAACAAAAAGCCUCAAUGCUGUCAUUUUCGAAAGGA